AUGUCCAAUUGCACCACUGUGACAGAGUUCCUACUCCUGGGGUUCUCCGAUGCCCUGGAAUUGCAGAUCUUGCACUUGGCCAGUUUUCUAAUACUAUACCUGGCAGCCCUGAUUGGCAAUCUCCUUGUUAUCGUGCUCAUAGCCUUUGACAGCCACCUCCACACCCCGAUGUACUUCUUCCUCCUCAAUCUGUCCAUCCUAGACAUCGGAUCCAUCUCUGUCACUGUUCCCAAAUCCAUGGCCAAUUCCAUACUGAACACCAGGCUGAUUUCCUAUUCUGGAUGUGUCACCCAAGUUUUUUUUGUCGUCUUUUUCAUUGCAGCAGACAUUGCCAUCCUCACCUUCAUGGCUUAUGACCGAUACAUCGCCAUCUGCAAACCACUGCACUAUGCGACAGCAUCCCAAAAGGCACUGUGGAUGAUGACGUCCAAUUGCACCGCGGUGACUGAGUUCCUGCUCCUGGGGUUCUCCGAUGCCCUGGGAUUGCACAUCUUGCACUUGGCCACUUUUCUAACAAUAUACCUGGCAGCCCUGAUUGGCAAUCUCCUUGUUAUCACAGUCAUAGCUGUUGACAGCCACCUCCACACCCCGAUGUACUUCUUCUUCCUCAAUCUCUCCAUCCUCGACAUCGGAUCCAUCUCUGUCAUUGUCCCCAAAUCCAUGGCCAAUUCCAUACUGAACACCAGCACUGAUGUGAUUGCCUAUGUGAAGCCCACACCUGGGUCCCCAUCAGCUCUGGACCUCAUGGUGUCUGUUCUGUAUUCUGUGAUCCCACCAAUGAUGAAUCCGGUCAUCUACAGCAUGAGAAACAAGGACAUCAAAGCAUCUCUGUGGAACUGCACUGAUGUGAUUGCCUAUGUGAAGCCCACACCUGGGUCCCCAUCAGCUCUGGACCUCAUGGUGUCUGUUCUGUAUUCUGUGAUCCCACCAAUGAUGAAUCCGGUCAUCUACAGCAUGAGAAACAAGGACAUCAAAGCAUCUCUGUGGAACUGGUGA